AUGGCAACCAUGGACGCUGAAUAUAUGAGCCAAUCAAAGGGUCCGCGCAUCCUAGGCGUCUUCUGGGCCUUCUUCAGUAAUAUUGGGCUCGAUGACUAUAUUAUUGUGGCAGCAAUGGUUAUGGUAACCAGUUAUACAAUUCUCACCACGGUGAAUGUCCUUCUGGGCUACGGGAGUCAUACUUCGGUGUUGAUGGAAAGAGGCGGCAUGGAGUUUGUCGAACACAUUCUAGUCAUUAAUUAUGCAAACUUUGCACUUGGAAUCAUGUCUUUCACAACCCCGAAACUCGCAAUCGCUGCUCUUCUCAAUCGCAUCAUGAAUCCCACCCGGUUCCACCGAAUAUGGCUAUGGAUAUUGACAGCCGCGGUAUUCGUAGCAUCGACCAUCUGCAUUAUCGUCCUUUUCACCAUGUGUGAUCCUCCCCAGGCUUUAUGGAUGAUUCAUCUCAUGACUGAAGGGGAAACAUGCCGUUCGACCACGAUACUGGUGGGCUAUGCAAUAUUCACUGGAGUGCUCUCCGCAGUCGUUGAUCUAUAUCUUGCAAUUUACCCGACUGUGGUAUUGCUACAGCUUCAAAUGUCGCUCAAGAAGAAAUUGGCCCUGUGUGCGGCUUUGGGGUUGGGCGCCGUAGCCUGUGCAAUGGCCAUCGUCAAGUGUCUACAACUACCAGGUUUAUAUAAUACGGAGGACUCGACAUACGCAACAGCAGAUCUUGUUAUCUGGACAAGUAUCGAGUCAAACAUCAUCAUAAUGGCCUCUUGCAUCCCAACCUUGGGUCCGAUAUACGAAAUGAUCCGAGGUAAACGUUCCUGGAGUUCUCACGGGCGAUACGAGAGCGGAAAAAUGCGCUCUUAUACGGAUAGACCUACAAAGAAAUCAAACAACACUCGCGAGGAUGACGAUAUCCUCAUGACCACGAAUAUUGGGGCUACGAGGAGCGGCAGCCAGGAAAGCAUUUUGAACUCAGAUCAGCUCCGGAAAGAGGCCCAUGUGGUCGGCAAGAUUCAUCGCACGGAUCAAGUCAAGAUUGAGUAUGGGGAAAGACCUCAAGGUGACCACGAACCACGGCCUUCAUGGUAG